UUUUCCUUGUCCGGAUCAAAGGUCUAUAUGGAUACAAGGUGUCAUAGUUUGCGUAGAUUGUAAAACCCAUAAAGGCAAACGUGUCAAUGUUUUAGUUUAAGCCACUUUAGACCAAAAGAUUGACUUAACUUUACAUUUUCAUUUGACAAGUCAUUGUUUUCCUCAGGCCACGGGGACCAUCUUUUACUACCUUACCACCAGGUGAGUGACAAGGUUAUUAUCACCUGCGGAGCCCCGUGGUCCUGAGGUGCACGGCUGCAUGGCUGCAGGGAUUCCUGUCAUAUAUUUUUUCAGGUUUCUCACUUUCUGAAUUGCAAUUUUCCUUCCUGCUGCAGGUUUAUAAAGUGGAGCUCAGGUCCCAGUGCAAGAAUAAACAUCAUCCUCUGGAAGCAGGAAUGACUGUAUGUUGCUCCAAGCGAGAGGGAGAGAGAGAAGACGGCACUGAGCAGCUUCUAGACGCUGAUGAGAGAGAACAGGAGGACGUGAAGAAGGAGGAAGAUAAAGUGUGACACACAUAAAGAAGUGAGGGUAACGCAAGGCAGGAGGUGAAGACUGAAGGAGAGAGUGUAAUGAUGGCUGAGGCACCUCAGCAGCCGCAGCCGCAGCAGCAGCAUCAGGAAGAGGAGGAGGAGGAGCAGCAGCAGCGGGAGGAGGAGGAGAAGGAGCAGGAAGAAGAGGAAGAGGAGGAGGAGGAGCAGGAGCAGGCGAGUCCCGUGGAGGCGACGGAGCCCAGCGAAGGGGCAGAGGAACCCAAGGAACGAGUCCAGAUGCCCCCGACCCGACCUCUGCUGUCCAUGAGGUCCAUGAGCAGCGUGGACCCCGAGGACAACUCCCCCAACAUGAUAGUCUACAGAAAGAUUGAAGACAUUGUCACUCAAAUCCAGGAUGAGACGGACGGUGUCCCGAUCAGAACUGUCAAGAGCUUCAUGACCAAAAUCCCCAGUGUUGUCACAGGUGCAGAUAUUGUUCAGUGGCUGAUGAAGAACCUGUGCAUGGAAGAUCCAGCCGAGGCCAUGCACAUCGGGAGCCUCAUCGCAGCCCAGGGGUAUUUCUUCCCAAUCUCCGACCACGUUCUCGCUCUGAAAGACGAUGGCACUUUCUACCGAUUUCAGGCACCGUAUUUCUGGCCGUCCAACUGUUGGGAGCCUGAAAACACAGAUUAUGCCAUCUAUCUGUGCAAGCGGACCAUGCAGAAUAAGACCCGGCUGGAGCUGGCAGAUUAUGAGGCGGAGAACCUGGCCAGGCUGCAGAGAGCCUUCGCCAGGAAGUGGGAGUUUAUCUACAUGCAGGCUGAGGCCCAGGUCAAGAUUGACAGGAAAAAGGAUAAAACCGAGAGGAAGAUCCUUGACAGCCAGGAGAGAGCCUUCUGGGAUGUCCACAGACCGGUGCCAGGAUGUGUUAACACCACAGAGAUGGACAUCAGAAAAUGUCGACGCAUGAAGAACCCACACAGAGUUAAGAAGUCGGUGUACGGUUUGGCCGAGGAGGGAUCGCAGUGUCAGAGUCCCGUACACACUCCCUCACACCUCUGCAGAAAAGGCACCAAGGAGGACGUCGAAAAAGAGAUCUUAUUCCUGAACACCCAGCUCGACCGUCACUGUAUGAAGAUGUCAAAGGUCGCCGACAGUCUGAUAAUGUACACUGAGCAGUACAUGGAGUAUGACCCACUCGUGACGGCCCUGGAACCGGCCAACCCCUGGGCCAGCGACGAUCCGUCCUUCUGGGAUCUGGAGGCGAGUAAGGAGCCCAGUCAGCCGAGGGUGAAGAAGUGGGGCUUCUCUCUGGAGGAGGCGCUGAAGGACCCGGCCGGACAGGAGCUCUUCCUCAAGUUCCUGGAGUCGGAGUUCAGCUCGGAAAACCUGCGGUUCUGGCUGGCGGUGCAGGACCUGAAGAGGAUGCCCCAGCAGGAGGUGGCACAGAGGGCGCAGGACAUCUGGACCGAGUUCCUGGCCGAGGGAGCGCCCAGCUCCAUCAACCUGGACUCGCACAGCUACGAACGCACCAGCCAGAACCUGAAGGACCCCGGACGCUACAGCUACGAGGACGCACAGGACCACAUCUACAAGCUGAUGAAAAGUGACAGCUACACUCGCUUCUUGCGCUCCAACGUGUACCAGGACCUGCUGAUGGCAAAGAAGAAACCGGACACGGAGCAGGGGCGACGCACCUCCCUGGAGAAGUUCACUCGCAGUGUGGGCAAGUCGCUGACGGGCAAACGGCUGACGGGCCUCAUGCAGUCCUCCUGACAAGGCCCGGAUGAAGAGUAGGAGGAACCGUACGCGGAAGAGCCGCUUACACCUGGGCGGCGGGCGGGAUAGUGCCCCGGGGUGCUUGGGCGUGGCCGUGGGAGGCGGGUGAGGGGCCCGGAAACGGGGCCAGACCGCCGGACUGCGACGCCACCACCUCAGAUUUGAGCGAGGGAGGACCGACAGCAUGCAAUAAGUCACCAGACCUGACACCAGGACGGUGCUGUCACAGCGUUGGGGACGAACGAUGCUACUCUAAAAGCCUGCGCCCUCACCCCGGGCUCCGCCGUUUCUCUCUAUCUACUAUCUACACUCAUGUUAAUACGGUGGCUGAGGAAGUCGUCACUUUACUUUCAGCGAUGUAAACAUGGAAUGCUUGAAUGCCUUGACGCACGUCAACAAGAGACUCGCGUUAACGCUGUAGCUAGUUUGUCUUAUCUCACACCAUUCACCGCAGGAUGAUAUGAGGGGAAGGAGGGAUGGAGAAGGUCACAGUCUCUUCACCAGGGAGAAGUGCGCCGACUGCUGGGCAAACGAGCUUUAGGAUCAAUCCACUCACGUGGGAUGACACAAGAUUAAUAAACCUCUGGGUGUCCAGUGCUGAUGUAGGUUCUCACAUCGUGUGGUCACAUUUCAUACAACAAGGCAAUGGGAGAUGGCAGAGUUCACCUGCGUUCACGAAACGCUGCAUACGGAAAUUGCAUAAUUUUUCAUGAUGUCAUUAACAAGUUCGCUACAGAUUUGAUUUUAUGAACCCGUACGGGCUAUUGAAUGAGGACCUCUGAGAAAAACUUGAACAAAUUUCUGAAUGCAAUGCAAUCAGGACCAAUUAUUGGUACUGUGACCUUGACCUUUAAAGGUCAAAUGAGGAUGCGACCAAGUUUAAAGCCCGUUCAACAAGCGCUCCAACGCCACAGGUCCCGUCUCGAUACGAACAUUAGUGCUUAAAUAUGUAAGAUAAUAUAUUUCGGGGGGAAUUUGGCCCUGGUGAUCUUGACCCUUUGACCUUGGUGACCGAAAAAUGGACUUGCAUGCAGACAAUAUCCAUAUGUACCCCUAUAUCAAGUUUCACAAAGAUCCGUCCACCCAGUCACGAGUUAUAGUUGAUAUCGACCCCUGCGGAAACACAGACACGCCCCCAAAAUAUAAUACACUCAUCCUUCUGGGGUGAGGUAAUAAUCAUAUCACUAAUGUUUGAUUUUAUUCAUUAUUCUAGACUGACUCAAACUACAGACGAGCACUUUCCCCUCUAGUUUCCCAGCUGCAUUGAAAAGACAGAGGUUUAAUCUUGUCGUCAUCAAAGUGAAGAGCAGGUUGAUGAUUCUACAAAAGCCCAACAACCAAAAAAACAAAAAAAAAAACAGUUAGGAAGUUGGUGUGAAAUUCGUCUUUAUUCGAUCUUCUAAACAUUCCACUUCAGGCUGUCGCCGCAAGGUUUUGUGGUCUGAACUCCUCCUCACCAUUCUUCACCUUGUGUAAAGAGGACCGUGACAAUAAAAGAGGAAUGCACAAUAAA